AUGGAGGGUGUGGCUGCCUUCUCGUUGGCAUGUAAUGUUAUACAAAUUGCCGAACUCUCUCGAAAGAUCAUCGCAACCGCAAAGGAGAUCCAAUCUUCUCGCAACGGCUUACCGAAAGACCACGAAGAUCUACGUACAGCCGUGGAGAUCCUACGUCGAGAUGUUGCGGACCUGCAGCAGAAUCACAACGGCGACAUUAUCCAGAGUCUCGCUGUUCAAAGCGAGGUCGCUAUAAACGAGCACAUAGCUCUCUUGGAUUCGCUUCGACUGAAGGGUCCCCGUACCUUCCUUCAUGCCUCGGCUGCAGCAUUCAAAGCACGGCGCAAGCAGCGCCAGCUGUACGAGUCUCAGGCGAAAGUUGACCGACUAUCAGAAGAGCUCAAGGCGCACAUUGUCAUGACCCGCAUCCCGAACAUAGAUCGCAAUGUGGACCACCUUGGCGAUAAGAUAGCGUCACACAAUUUCUCCAUCGAUCAUGACAUGAAGACCAUCGAGCAGCACCUGAACAGGGUUCGCAAAGUAACUGAAAAUAACUUAAACACCGCGAACGCUACAGCGGAGCUCGUGGUAGAGUUACAGCGAUGGCUCAAAGAUCAACAAGAUUCCCAGGCGAAUAGGCAGUGUCUACACGCACUCUACUUCUCAGAACUCAGGAGUAGAGCCGAUCAAGUCAAGCGAGCGCACGAAGACACGUUUAGUUGGAUCUUCGAUGGGACUGGAGACCUGUUUGGAUCUAUUCACAAAAACAAAUUCAAGAACUGGUUACGGCUAGACGAUCCUAACAGAAACGUGUUCUGGGUGUACGGAAAACCCGGUGCGGGGAAAAGCACUUUGAUUAAGGACGUUUUGUGGAACGGCUUCCAGGAUCUUUUGAACCUGGCGCCGAGUUUCAACACAUUUAUGUUGUUCAUCAUCGAUGGUCUCGACGAAUUUGACGAUCGUGUAGAGAUACGCAAAAAUUCGGCACCGGAUGUACAAGACUUACUACGUCUACUUCGCGCCAUCGAAACAUGUCCCUCAGCAAAGCUUUGUGUGGCUAGCCGACCUCUGAACGAGUUUGAGAUUCAUUUGGGGAAGGAUAAAGACUUCUGCAUUCCCGUACACGACUUGACCUCAAGGGACAUCACAAUAUAUACCGAAGAUACGCUGAGCAGACACCCUUCAUUUUCGCAGCUCGUGUCACAGGAUCCUGGCUAUGCAACCCUCAUCGCAGAUAUCACCUCCGCAGCGGAAGGAGUCUUCCUUUGGGUCUACCUCGCAUGCAACUCUUUGCUCAACGGGUUGAGUAACGCGGACCGUGUUUCUGACCUACAAGGGCGGCUGAUGCGUCUUCCCCGCGAACUGGAUGAAAUGUACAUGCACAUACUGUCAACUAUUGAGCCUGAGUAUCGCAGAAAUACCGCUCGCUCACUUCUACUAUGCAAGAUUGACUCGCGUGCGAGACUCCUUACACAUUACUACUUGGACGAUGAAAGCCGCAAACACAUUUUAGACGCUCCAAGCCUGGAACAAUUCAGAGAUGCGGAAGACUUUGCAUCGUUUGCGGUCUCGGUUCGUAGAAGGUUCAACGCGCGCAGUAGAGGGCUGUUGCAACUCGAGGCCACUCGCCGGCGCGAUGAGAGAGAUGAGUUCAUUUCAGUCGAAGACGAGAUGUCAAAGCUGAAGUACGAAUAUGUGGGAUUGGCACACAGAUCGUUGGCAGAACUCCUUGAUAGAGAUGAGAUGAGACACCAGAUCAUGACUGAAGCCUGCAUGGUAGUCGGGAUGCCUGAACUUCAUGCCCAAGCAUGGCUUGCGUCUUUCAAAGUGUGCACAUCUAUUACGUGGACGCUUGGUCUGAUUGGAAACAAUGGGGUUCAACCUAGGGUUCAACCCGAUUUGGAAUUCGAUUUCUGCUCCGAAAUGAUACUUCAGGUGAACAUUUUUGAACAGACAGAGGAAGAGCAGAUGGAAUCACACUGGUCUAAGCUUGACGAGCUCCUUAAACUUUCGCUCGCGCAUGAACUGAAGCUCAAAGAUAUCAUCAUGACAUGUGUCUCUGAUGAGCCCUAUCCCGACGCAUUCGCCGUGGCUGUCGCCUAUUCCGCACCCAAAUAUGUGUCGCUUAUGUUGCGACAGAAAGACCAGAUACCAAGACUGUAUCUUUCCAUCUUGCCGCUGCCGCAGUUCUAUACCACGUACUGA